UUUAAAUGUCAUUUUCAAAUUUACGCGCCACCGCUCUAACCUCCAACGGACGGACGAACGGACAACCUUCCCGUCCAAAGUUCACGCAUGGAAUUUUGUCGACUUUUCACGAAAAAUAGCUGAGAAUUUCGCUUUAGAAAGCCGGUCGUCCAUUUAACGAGAGCAGUGUGUGUCCGGGCCGAGGACGAUGGCAGCGAGUCUGCGAGGGAAAGAGAACCGAAUCCGCAUGGGGACUUCGUCUCGGCCGUUGAGUGCGUCGGCCGAAGCGGUCUCGAGUGUCUCGACGGCUGCGGCCCAACCUGUUCCCCGUCAGGCAGCAGCAGCAGCAAGCUUGGCUAGUGUGGGCAGCAACGUGCCUCGACCCUUGCCCAGGGCGAGGCCUCUCUCGGCUCCUCUGGUCAUCAAAAAGACGGCGGCCGCUCCGUUGAAAACUGGAAGCACAUCGCUGGCGACUUCGAACAGACCUGCGUCGACGUCCAGCACCAAACCUUACCCAGUUCCUGCACCUCGGAAAAGUGUGCCCAUCGUGAGCUCUACAAAAUCAGCUGAAGCUCCAUGCAGUGCCCCGAAGCCUUCGCAAGCACCUGAAGUGAAGGUUGAGACUCCGGGCACAUUUAUAAAGCCACCUGCUCCACCUGCUAAGAAACCGAUUGGCCCAGCGGGAGACGCUCCAGUCUCGACCACAGCCAAAGCCUCUACCUCACAAGAAAGCUCGAAGAAUGUCGAAGCUAAAAAGGAGCAGCCAGAAACCAAAAAUGGGAAACGUUGGAAGUUGGAGAACUUUGACAUCGGCCGAGGUUUGGGCAAAGGAAAAUUUGGCCAGGUGUACUUGGCGAGAGAGAAGGUGUCUCAGUUCGUUGUUGCCAUCAAAGUGCUGUUCAAGUCGCAAAUCAAAGAGGCCAAAGUUGAUCACCAGCUGAAAAGAGAAAUUGAAAUUCAAACACAUCUACGGCAUCCAAACAUCCUUCGCAUGUUCGGCUACUUCCACGAUGAUGCUCGGGUGUAUCUCAUUCUUGAAUAUGCUCCUGGCGGAGAGUUGUAUCGGUUUAUGAAAAAGCAGCCCAAUCAACGUUUUGAGGAGUCAAUGGCUGCUAAGCUGAUUUCGCAACUUGCUGAUGCCCUGAUUUACUGCCACUCGAAGAAUGUGAUCCAUAGAGACAUCAAACCUGAAAACCUGUUGCUUGGGGUUGACAACUCCUUAAAAAUUGCUGAUUUCGGCUGGUCCGUUCAUGCGCCGUCUUCAAGGCGAGACACUGUUUGCGGCACUCUGGACUACCUUCCUCCGGAAAUGGUGGCCGGGCACACUCACGACGAAAAGGUUGACAUUUGGAGUGUUGGAAUAUUGUGCUUCGAGUUCUUGGUUGGAAAGCCACCUUUCGAAGCCAAAGAUUACGACGCCACCUACAACAACAUUCUUCAAGCUCCUGUUCAUUUCCCACCCCACGUCUCCGAAUCAGCUCAAGAUCUCAUAAUUAAAGUGUUGCAGAGAAAACCAAGUCGGCGUCUGCCCCUUGCCGAGAUCUUGAAGCAUGAGUGGGUGGUGAAAUAUUCUCAGGAAAACAAGUCGACCACCAAAAAUCCGUCGGCCCCGACGGCUGAAAAUAAGUGAGAUGCAUAGGAAAGCUCAGAUUGUAAUUUAUAGUAAUAAGAUCUAUGCUUUAUUGGACAAUCAAUACACUUAAUUACUCUUACAGCAAAUCAAGGAUCACAAUAACAAGAAAAAUUAGCCUGAUGAUAACACUGAAUACCAAUGGUUGCGAUGGUGGAUGUUAUAAUAUUUCAAUAUACAUUUUUAUUUUUCCUUUUAUCACUGUCGAUGAUGUUGAUGUCAAACCAACACAGCAUUCACUCUUGUGUGUUCCGAACUGCAAUUGUAUCUGCAUUUUAGCAGCAGCGUUCUUUAAAUUUGCGUUAAUCGUAUAUCAUUUUAAAACUGACUUGUUAGAGAGAAAGAGGGUCGUCGAUCUGCGUGAACAAUUUUCUCCUCUUACGCUAUGGUAGUUACACUUAUUGUACAUAUGAGAUGAAACAAUGUGAGCUACAAGUAUAUUUUCAAUAAUUAAUAAGACUUCUUUCUUACUUAAGUUACACACCAUUGUAUUUUGCUUUGCAAAUUAUUUGAAAAAGAUAGAUCUUUGGCACUCAAAAAGUAGUUUUUAGCUUGGAAAAUGAUAAACAAGCGAAUGAAAAGCUGCGUGAAUUGAAAGUUAUUUGCAGGAGAAUUGUUCCACCGAGAGUUAUUGGAGGGUUGUUCCAAGAAUCAUGUAACAUGCCACGUAAUACGUGGUGACUUGUUCCACGCGAGUAAAAAUUUAUCAAAUGCAUAUCCAUAAAAGAUGUAAAUUUAUUUUAAUAUUUUGUUUAUUUUAUUACCUUAUUUCAAUAUUUUUUUUUU